CAUCCUUAGUGAGCUGAUCGCGUUGAAAAAUUAAUAUAAACGUCUAGUUAAGCCAUCAGGGUCAAAAUGCGUAGACUUGGAGCCGUUAGGAACCGAAAACAAACACUCAAAGUUUUAAAAGAAUUGGAUGCUUUCCCUAAAGUCCCAGAAAAUUAUCAACAAACUACAGCUAGCGGUGGUUCUGGUAAGUACUUUCAAGAACUGUAGAUAAGGCUCUCAGUUUCUGAGUCUGAGAAUUCCUUAAAAAAUGUAUAAAUAAGCAAAAUUAUUGAAUUUUAUUCCUUCCUUCACCGGCCGCUACUUCCUGGUCACAUACUCAACUACGAUAUACAAUAACAUGUACAUGCAGGUCACAGCGUAAAGUUUCUAGCAUUCAUCCAUGACAUCCUCAUGAAUAUGUCUAUGAAGUUGAGCUUCUCAAAAUUAAAAAUAUCAGUAACUACAUGUAUAUAAACAUCAGGCUACAUAAUCUACCAGAUCACAUGUAAAAUAGCCAGAAUCUUAAGUUCUUUGUGAUUGGUCCAGAUGGAAUACAUCUUACGUAGUUCUGUUCUGAUUGGUUUGACGUCCCACGGAUCACCAUUCUAGCUAUGGUAUACCUGCCAACUUUUUCUGAGAUAUAAGCGUGAGAUUUUUAUCCUGGAAGUGCUGGGAUUUUUGAAGACGACACGAUCAUUUCGGAAGAUUCCCGAAGAAGUCCGAAGUCUUCCGAAGACGUCCGAAGUCUGCCGAAGGCGAAGUUAUCGAGAAAACGCUUAUCCACAAAAUCAGAUCACGAGGAAGGUAUUGUCAUUUAUUCAUUUUACACAUGGUUUUCGUUCCUUACAUGGGUCUGAGUUAACAUAUUUAUGGAAAUUGUGUCAAGCAAAACGGCAACAACUCACAUUUUUCAAUCAGGCGUGAGAAAUUGGCCCGCAAGCGUGAGUCGGCGUGAGAGAGAAGUUUUCAACCCGCAGGCGUGAGAGUUGGCAGGUAUACUAUGGGUUUUCUAAUAGCAAGGUGUCCACAAGGCAAGAGUUGACUGUAGUUGGCUUAAAAACUGAAUUGACUAGAAAUUUUUUCAGCUUCUUUUCCAGCUGUUCGAAGACAUUGAAGAGGUAAUGUUAUAAGAAUCACAAUACCUACUUUCUUAAUUAUUUUUUGUUUCUAAUUUUUGCAGUUUCCAUCCUUACGUUUUUAUUUCUUGGUAUUCUUGUGGUUUCUGAGUUCUGGUACUACAGAGCUGUGGAAACCAAGUAUGAUUAUGCAGUAGACACAGAUGCAAAUAGGUGGGUAAUACUUUCCUUUAAAUGCUCUUUCUUGCUGAAAAAUUGUUGUGUACAAGUUUUCAACACUUUUUUGCGAAGAUUUCAUGGGACUCUUACAGUCUCAAAUUUUCAGGUUUUCAUUCAUUUUAACCUUGACUGCUUCUGAAAAACUCAAAAAACUUUUACCAUCAAACAAGGAAUAAGAUCUAUUGUUUCUUGGAGUACUGCGCCUAAAUUGAGGUAGACUUCUUCUCUGGCGUAGCUCUUUUUAUUUUUCAAUUUUAUGAUACAUGUAAAGUGUUUUUUAUUUUGAUAUUAAUACAUGUACAUCUUUGCUCAUUUUGUCAACAGUAAACUUCAAAUAAAUGUUGAUCUCACUGUAGCAAUGCUAUGUGAAAGUAAGUGACCUGUCUUAUCAUCAUUGUGCUUUCAAAUACACUGUUUAUCAAUAAUGUUAUGUGAAGUUUCAUGUAGGCUUUUUAUCUUUUAGAUAUUGGUGCUGAUGUUCUAGACUUAUCUGGUAGCACAUUAGAGUUGGGAGACAAAUUAAAAUUAGAACCAGUAAGUAAUUGCAACGCUUUUGAUUUACUAGUUGCACCUUGCUUAAAAAUUACUCUCAUGGUGUACUUGAUCACACACAAACCUAGUUUCCUUCCUUUUGCAAUGUAAAUAUCACCACUUGUGUCUCCUACGUUACCCUAGCCAUGGUAAAAGUAAGGAGAGGCCAAAGAAAUCACAAUAAUUAUUUAUACACAAAGACACUGAUCCACAGUGAUCACAAGAAUGCAAAGCUACAGCAUAUAGCACACACACCAUAGCCAACUUGAGAGCACCGCACAGGUCGGCUGCACAGAUGAGUCAAACCACAGCCAGCCCUCAAUUUGGUUGGACGUUUACCUUGCUUAAAUUACAAUUAUUUAGUCACAUUAUUAUGCACAUCACAGGAAGGAGCAUUUCAUGAAUUUUUUUCCACUCCCCAAGCUGCAUGUUGAAACAGUAGAUUGCAAUGAAAAUAAUAUACAUGUAAGGUUCUUGAUCAAUAAUAAUGUUUCCACAUGAUGUGCAUGUAUUUUGCUCAAGGUUAUUUCCAUAUACACAUUUAUAAUGAUAUUAUUACACAUUCAAAGGAUGAAAAUUAAGUUGUUAGCAUGGAGUUUCACCCACUAAGUGGUCUUCAUUAAUCAUACAUUUUGGCAUUAAUUUUUUUUGUUUUUGUCCUUUUUAUUGAGUUCUGUUGAUCAAACUUUAACCACCAAUUUGUUUGAUAACAGAGUCAUUUUGAGUUAACACCAGAACAGGAAACUUGGCUUAAGUAAGUACAUAUAUAUAUUUCCCUUGCUUAAUAUAGUGAUAUUACAAAUAGGAUAUUAUUACAAGGCCAGGCAAGGAUUCAAAUUUCUCUCUUUUCACGAAAAAACUAGCCUGCCAUUUUGUUUGUCGUUUCAUUUAAAUGAUGCGUAUUUUAUUAAUAAUGAAGUAAUUUUAUUGUAAAGUUAUGGGUUAUUUGGCCAGAUGUCAUUUGAGAUCACUAUUAUGCAAAACCCUACCGUCACAUAAUAAUAGUACAUGUAUUAUCAGAAGCCCUGUUUAUUCAAUACCACAUUGUUAGACUGAGUUACAAAAUGUAACACUUCCCUCCCACAACUGCCUCAAAUACACAUAUUUCAAGGUUGUGUGAAGAAAAGCCCUCAAGUAUAUGAGGUCUGAUUUGGGCAAUAGGCAUAGGAUAAGCGCUGAUCUAUUUCUUAAACAAGCGCCAAAGGUGCAAGCUUCUAGGGGGGCUGGAGGCAUACUACCCCUGGAAGUUUUAUUGGCGGCAACCUUGUCCCCAAGUCCCUCCCAUUCUGUAAGGGAAGAUCCUUGGGUUGAAUCUGACCAGUUUCCGUAAAAUGGUGGAAAUCAGUGUGGAUUCUCAUCUGUGCAAGAGUCUCCUUUCAUUUUCCUUUUUAUUUAUUUGGUCUGCAAACAAAACAAUGCUGAGACAUAACAUCAAGACUGAGUCAGUUAGAGCCUUAUUCCUCACACCCCUUGUUUAAAUAAUAGUAAAAAUAUCAUAAUUGGGGAAGACAAAAGGCGUCCACACAACCUGGAUCAGACCAACCUUUGUAAGUCACAACAUGAGAGGUAGGGGAUUGGGUUCCCAUGAUUGAUGCCAUCCAGGAGUCAAUUUAAUAAAACUUUUGCAAGUGUUAGAGUCUGAGAACAUUAUUUUUACAUAAUUAUUGUACAAACACGUAAAUUACACUUGUAAAAGUUUUAUUAAAUUGAUCCCAGGUUUUGUUGACACACAUACGGUAUUCAUCCACUAAUACUAAUGUUCUACUUUUAAAAAGUUUCAGUGUUUUUGUUCUCAGUGUCAAUGUAAGUUUGGUUGUUGUGGUUGCAAUAUUGCAGGAUGUUUAGAGGGAUGCAUGCUUUUAUGGAAGGAGUCAGAGCUGUAAAAAUCCUUGAACAGUUUAAGAGUAAUUUACCCACCUACAUGCCUCAAAGGUGAGAGAAAUGAUUCUAAUAUUACCAACUUGUCUGUCAUCUUGCAAUAAUCAGCCUUAAAAUGUUCCAAAAAAGUAUUGUGAGUCCUGUAUUCAUGAACUGAGGACUAGAGUUUAGCAGUACCUUUUGCUCAGAAUUCUGGUUCUUUGUCUGGAAAUCCCAUAAUUGGGUAGCUCCUUAAUAUUUCACUCACAAACAGCAGACUCUCUUAUAUUUUUUACAACCUAGAUCUUCUUCAUUGCCCAAAAAAGAGCAAGUAAAGAGUAUCUAAUGAUUGCUUUCAUUUAACUCUAUGUAACCCUGUUGUUAACCCUUUCACUGCCAAAUGUGGCCAAAGGCAAAUUUCGAGCAAAUUUCUUAAUUUCAUUUUCUAAAAUUUUGACAAACAAAUAGCAUCUUGUGAAAGUACAGGUAGAGAGCUUUCAUUUGAAUGGUCACAUCAUAGGAUUUCAUCCACAGACUCAAUAGUUAGAGUCACCUUACAAAACUCUAUCAAACACUCUGGCAGCGAAAGGGUUAAUAAAGUGCAUCCAUCCUUCUCUCCCUGUAGUUAAACAUGUGAACUGAUUUCCUCUUUUACUGGUUCCUUUUGCAGAACUGGUGAGGAUGAAAACAAACCCUUUGAUGCUUGUCGAGUCCAUGGUUCCUUUGAGGUCAACAAAGUGGCUGGCAAUUUCCACAUCACUGCGGGAAAGUAAGAACAGUCAGGAUAUGUAAUAUACAUUCAUUGUAGUUGACUUUUAUAUUACUCUUUCAAAGGAGGAUCAAAAAUCAAAGCUAAGAAAUUUCCAAUAAUUUUGUAGAUGUAGAAUUCCAAAAAGAGUUACUAAAAAUUUUAUUAAGAAUCAAUACAGUCAUCUCUCGCCUUGCGGACACCCCACUAUAACGGACACUCUGAUAAAACAAACAGUAACUAAAUCCCUGGCAAAACAAAUUAUAGACAUUUGACCGAAAUAAACCCCUGCUAUUAUGGACUUUCACGAAAGAGCACACAAAUUUGAGGUGCCUACAGUGUCUGCUAUAAAGGAAGUUGACUGUAUUAGGAACAAUGUCUCUUAAAUUAAACAAUUUUGUGGAAUACUAAUAAGGUAGUUUUCUGGUGCACCCACUUAAUUGUUAUGUUUUUGGAAAUUGAUUUUGACAAAAUAGUUGAGAGACUAGAAAGAUUCAUUGAUGAUGUUAUAGUGUAUAAUAUCCCAUGAUUUUUGUUUGUUUGUUUGUCAUUGCUCAGAUCAAUUUAUCACCCUCGAGGACAUGCUCAUCUGAGUGCCUUCGUGGCUCCAGAAAGUGAGUGUUCUACAUUUGUAUUAACAAUUUACCAGGUAGAUUUUUCUUGCUCUGAGUUUUCUAAAAUGUGGGCAUGAAAGUAAAUUCAGAGUAUGGAAACAACAUUUUUGGUUCCCCACAUAGGCUGUUGUCAAAUAACAAAAUUAUUUUAUUUUAUUGUGGGCGACAAGAGGAACGCACAUUAAUCAUUAUAUAAUCCUUAGGUUGCUGUUACAUUGUACUCAUGCACAGCACAUAAUUACACAACCAGCUUAGUAUAGAAUGCCAUUAGAAUAAAUGGAAUGCCCAGAAUGCAAUCUGAUGUCAUGCACAUUUGGACCUUCUAUCUCUUAACUCUAAUCAUGCAUGUUUUGACCAUCUAUGAGAUGAAUCUUAUACAGAGCACAGUAUUAGAGCCAAAAUGUUUGAACCUUUGAUCAAUGUCGCCUGUACUCUGUAACCUUUGGUUAUUACUAGUUUUACCUCUCAGAUCUCUUGUUUUAACCCUUUAAGUCCAGGUGCGGAUCUAGGGGGAGGGUGCAGGGGGUGCGCACCCCCCCAGUGCCGUAGCCAGACCAAACGGCCAACCGAGGCAGGCGGGAGUUGCUAGGGGGGUUCGGGGACAUGUCCCCCCCCCCCCCCCCCCCAAGAAAUUUUGAACUUUAGUCUCUCGCAAAUGCGAUUUGCAGCGUUUUCUGGGCCUUUCGGUAACUUUUUUUCGAGUUAAUUUAAGUGGAAUUUAAAAAGCAAUAAUCAGAAACAAGCUACAUAAUCUGGGUGACCGUUAACCUCGCCAAUGGUUUUGAUCAGUAUUUGUUCAAAAAAAAUUUGAGUUACCGGUAACGUACGUAGCCCCUUGAGAUCGAUGAUAUGGUAAUUUUUUCAUAGUAUAUUGACUGAAUUGCUGAAUUCUUUGUAAUAUCAUGAUGCGUUAAAAAUAUCGAUGAUUGCUUAUGUAAAAUAAAAAUGAUCGGCGAAAUUCGUCAAAAUUUUACCGAGGCGAGUGCCUCGGUUGGCCUCAUACUAGCUACGGCGCUCCCCCCCUGAGAUGACCUGCGGUUUUCAAAUACAACUGGAAUUCUGCAAAAAAAAAACUAUGUGGUUUAUUGGUGUUAAAGUAGAGCAAGAGACGAGUGCACCCCCUCCCAAAAAAAAUCCUGGAUCCGCCCCUGAAGUCCCAAUGGUGACCAACAUCAAUUUUCUCCUAACAAUAUCCAUACAAUGUCAAGAGAUUAGGUUAUGAGAAUUAAUUAAAUGAUCACCAAAGAGAAAAUACUUUGAUCUUUUCUCAAAUUCUCUCAACUUAUUUUUUAAAGAAAUGUAUAGAGAUCAGUUUGGAGAAUUUGCUUGUGGAUAUUGCGGCUUAAAGGGUUAACUUCUCUGUCUGUCCACAGGAUUUAACUAUUCACACAGGAUUGAUGUCUUGUCCUUUGGUCCCUGGGCACCUGGCUAUAUUAAUCCUCUUGAUGGAGAUAUCGUUGUUACAGAUAAACGUAAGACAAAUGUUUUUGAGUGUCUUGGGACGUAUAUCUUGUAGUUAAUUUUAAUCUCAGUUAAUUUUUUAUUUUUCUAUUGUUUGGGGGUAUGGUAAUGCAUGCUAAUGAAUUUGAAAGAAACGAAAAACGAAAAAUAACUGAAAUGAAAAAUAAACUGCAAAAUGUUCUUACCAUGUGCCAAAAAGGAGUGCACUUAAAGCCUUUUACUCGAUUUUAAUUUUUUGGGGUGCUGUGUGCCAUGAAUAUUAAUUUACAAAAUACAAAAUUACUAAGGUGCAGUAUUUCUAAAGAAAGGUAUCAGAGAAAUUGAUAUAUCCAGCAGCUUUUGAACACUUGAAUUCUGCUUGCAGAUGAAAUAUAUCUGUCAGAUACAAUGUAGAUCUCUAACCCUGAUCACUAAGUAAAUUAUCUUCUGGAACUUACGAUGUCUGUAAGUUACUAGAAGCAUGAGUGAGAACCCCUGGAUCAGAGCCCAAAGUUUUGAAGAAUUUCUCUGUAGUUUCCAAAGUGCUGCUGUUUUCAAAAGUUUUAUCUCAUACAACUGUAUUUUAAUGUGCUCUGCCUUCUUUUAUUUCAGACUUACAAAUGUAUCAAUACUACAUUCAGGUGAGUUUGAGUUUACCCUUUCUGACCAUUAUUUUUUCUUGUAUCUCUGUCUUCUGUAUCCUAGGUGUAAUAAUAUCUGGCAUUUUUUCAUCUUGACCCAGCCCUUUAAACAAUGCACACCUCAAACUGCAGGACCAAGCCCUGUUUUGUUCUGUUCUUUAACUUACAUGUAUGCUUAGCCAGAAGGCUGAGCCAGCCUUGAAGUUUGGAACAUACUAGCCUGGAACAUGUUGCUUUGUGUAUAUCAAAGAAUUUUUGCAAAAAGCAUUGUCUCAGCAACAUAAUUUUGUUGAUUUGAUUGUGUGUGACUUGUCAUGGCAACAAAAUUCUGUUGAGGAGACAAUUAACAUACAAGUCAAUUUGUUGCUGCGAUGUUUUACCACCACAUGUUGUUGGAACUUGUUACCUAGUAGUUUGUUUGAGCGAAUAAGACCUAAACUGCAGAAAGCCUUGUGAUCAACUUUAAACUUAGCCUACUCUGUCAAAAUUCCAAAGGCUUCCAGCCAGUUUUAAUGAUGCAUGUCUCUUAUUAUGACCUUUGCAAUAACAUGUUGUUGUCUUGUUAAUUUCAGAUUGUUCCAACAACUGUCAAAUCACUGACUGGCCAUGAAACCAAGACUAACCAAUAUUCAGUCACACAAAGAGUAAGUCAGAAAGGAUCACCUCUGUAUUCAGUGUAAUGAUAAUAAGUAUUUUAACCAAAGAAAACAAAAAUGUGUUGACUAGUAGCCUGGGUUAACCUUCUUACGUCUAGAUUUACAAUUGAAUGAUUAUUUGGCAGCUUUACCAAGUUAUUUUUAAAGUAACCUUGUCUUUGCAUUUAUUAAUUUUCUUAAUGGUAAGAUUUUGUCAUUUUCUUUGCCAGAUCCGAGAAAUAAAUCACAAUGCUGGGAGCCAUGGUAUUUCUGGUAGGAAAAUUAAUUUUUCAAAAUUUCUUAACUUAAUGUCGUUCUGACUCACUUAAAGGCUAACUACAGUGUAGUUUAAAGAUGUUACCUGCAUUAAUAUUACAGCAAGGUACAGAUAUGUAGUGAGUUUUAAUUUAUUGGUUGUAUUCUAGAAUACAGUCAAAUGGAAUUUACUCUUUGUGGCCAUUGUGUAUUUUCAGGCGAUAAAGAAAUAUGUCUUUAUGCGCUUUUCCAAAACACGCGAAUUCUGAAGUUAAAAAACUAACUGAUGUUUGCAUUUUUUGCUGUCGUCGAUCAUCUUGUGGACCUCUUAGCAAAGAGUAGUUUACUUCAACAGGUUUAAAAGGUAAAUUUCCUUGUGAUUUGUGAUUGGUGGAUGUGGAUCCGUUUUGUGUGUUUCUUUGUUUCAAAGUUUGUUGCUUGUGAUCGUAAUUAUGAUUGAUGGCAGUGAAAAAUGCAAUUGUGAAGGCGGCUUUUAAACUUCGGAGUUUGUGUUUUUGAAAGCACAGUAAUGCUUUGUAACAUCUGCACCCCGGCUAUAAAUGCCAUCUUUUUAAAUCGUAGUGGAACAUCCACCAAUACAUGUAGUUGCUUGCACUCAUGUCUGAAAAGAAUCCAUUUCAAAAACUUCAUUAUUUUUCUUUCAUUUUGUUUUUUGAUUUUUAGGAAUUUUCUUCAAGUAUGACUUGUCAUCCAUCAUGGUACGGGUUGAAAAUCGUCGACGAUCAUUCUGGGGUUUCCUGGUUCGUCUGUGUGGCAUAGUUGGGGGAAUCUUUGCUACUUCAGGUAAUAAUAGUAAUUGAAGUGGUACAAGUAGCGUGUGAAAUAGAACCCUUUUGCACCUCCUGAUGUAAUAUUGAACUUUUUCGUUUGUUAAACAAUUAUUUUACUCAGAAAAUUUGAGGCAGUUUGCGGGGGGGUGGGGGGGGGAUCAAGCAGAUCAUGAUUAUUUUAAUUCCAGCCUGUCAUUUGGGCAAGCACCUCUCAUAUUUUGCUGGCACAGGGCUAUUGUUUGCUUGUGCAGUCACAAAUUAUUAUUGAUUUAGGUACGACAUGACUCGCCUGGACCUUUACCUAUUGAGCAAGUGACUUUUCAGAGCUACUUUCCCAGCAAGAAAAUUUACUGGUCUUAGAAUACUGAACAGGGCCUUUUUUGAGCCCUGUUUAUUUGAAGACACUAGGGUUAUUUUUGGACACACUCCUUCAUUGAUAAUAUUAUAAUGUAUUGUGUUGCAUGCCCAGUGCAAUUAUUCUAAAAAUACAUACAGUUGAACCCCUCUGCAACAGCCACCUUGGGGACAGAAGAAGGUGGACAUUCAAGAGAGGUGGAAAGAAGUCAAUAGAGUGAAUGUAUAGACUGUCUGCCAAAACUAAUGGCCAUUACAGGGUUGUCAUAAGUGGCCGGCUGCCGGCGAAAAUCGCCGCCUACUUGGUUAACAUCGGCCAGCUACUCUGCUUGGCAUUUCUUUAUAGAUGGUGUUUUUAAAAUAAAGUAUCCCGGACUGGCCGCGUACUUUGACAACUCAGCUCUCUACUUCAAGACUUUCUGACAACCCUGGCCAUUGUAGAGAGGUGGCCAUUGUGGACAGGGGGCCUUUAGUGGAGGUUCGACUGUAUAAGUCAUCCUCUUACUCCUAAGAGUCUCUAAAGCUCAGAAUAAGAAAAUUCCAAACUAGUUGUGAACAAGCAAUGGUUAAGGCUCCAUUACUAGCGGGGUCUGGUUUUGAGUCCUUGGUUAUGCUUGUAAAUUAAAGUCAACUUGUUUUAAAUUCCUUUGGCCAGCUGGGAUUUAUAGUUGGUUUGUUUAAUUUUCUAUUUUCCCUCCUUAUUUUAACCGCUGCCUGGUUAGAUCAGUUGGAUAAGCACCGGCCUGCUGAGUGGGAGGUCAUUAGUUCAAACCUCAGCCGGACCAAUGCAACACUCAGGGUCUUUAAAUAACUGAGGAGAAACUGCUGUGUUUGUAAAUACAUCUACAAAUGGCUAGACUUUCUAUUCUUCUCAGAUAAGGACGAUAAACCAUAGGCCCCAUCUCACAACCCUUGCACAUGUAAAUCCUGUGGGACGUUAAAGAACCUAUGCAUUGUUCAUGAAGAGUAGGGGACAUAGUCCCCAGUGUGGUGGUCCAUCUCUCAUGGCGGGAGGUACUGUUAAGGGCUCGCGUAGUGGUGCCAUGCACUGUUGCGCUGACCCUGUUAAGAACUGGCAAACCUAAGUAAAUAAAUAGAGUCACAAUGGAAACUGCUUGCAUAGUUCAUCCUUAUAAAAAGAUGUUGUCCGUUGUGUUGAUUUGCAAGUAUUAUUAUUAUUUUUUGUAGGAAUGAUGCACUCAUUCAUUGGUUUCUUGUUUGACCUGAUAACUUGUCAGGUGAAAUUCAACAAGAAGGAAGAAAAGGUGAGCUUAAUAAGUUUCAAAUACACUGUAAUAAAGAAUAAUAAUAUUUGCUUUUGGCAGUAAUAUUUUUAGGCUGUAUUAGUGAAGUGGUCUUGGGGUCCAUUUCAUAAAACUUUUCAGACCCUAAAACAAUAGUGGUACAGCCUUGUAAAUUACACAUGUAAAAGUUUCAUUAAAUUGACAUUGGUCAGACUACCCAUCCAUUUCUUACCAACAAGCUACUAAUACUAACUGUUUUGUACAGAAAAAAGAGAAACUUAAUUUGUUGUGUAGUGCAUUAUGUACUCUUUUACUAUGGUUUGAACGAAAAGGAAGAGGGAUUAAGGGGGUAUUGGGACUAUUAUUUAAUGAUUAUGGCUUUGUAGAUCUGUGCUGCCAUGAAGGGUAUGGCUUAAUCCUCAUUGUGCUUUGAGCAGAACAUGCUUCUGUAGCCUUUCUUCAGCUUUCGUCUCCAACAGUCCCCAUGAAAAGUUGUUUCCCUUUAGCUCUUUGGAUCAAGAUGAGUGGUUUGACGAAUUCAAUUCUUACUCUUUCUCAUGCCUAGUGUAGAGUAGGAUUGAAAAAUGCUGAUUAACAUAGUUGGCGCACCCUCACCCUAAAAUUUAUAAAGUACUGUCCAAGGGAGGGGGUGUGGGUUAGUCUCACCCCUUUCUACCCUUCCUCAGGUGAACAGCAAUAUAGUGUUUUACUUCUCUAAUUAAUUGUUGCUCAUUGAUUUUCAGCCUCACAUGUCUAUGGAAACACCAGUUAACCAGCCUAAUGGCCAACCUCAGAUGACUGAUGAGAGCAAAGAACCCACAUCACCUGUUGUUGGUUUUUCAGAUCCUAACGUUACCCUUGUUCCACCAGCAGGUGUUACCCUUCAUGAUCAGUCAUCAGUUAUAACAUGA